AUGACAACCUACUGUACCGAAUUGACUACGACUACCAUUAAAUCACGCAUCAAUGCCUAUAAGAAGACUUCAACGUUUUUGAUUGUACAAGCCAUUUCACAUAUCAUACCAGAUCAACCGAUCCAACGUGAACUCAUCAAGCUACCUGCUAACGUCAAACUAGUAGAUCCAGAUUUCCAUCGACCCGCACCGGUGGAUAUAUUAUUAGGAGCGGGCACGACACUUUCUCUAAUAUCCGUAGGACAAAUUAAAUUAACAACCUCUGGUCAACAGGAGCUACAUUUACAAAAGACAACACUCGGGUGGAUAAUAGGAGAAGCUGCUCCGUCCAGUAUACCUGCCACCGCAAAAUGCCAUAUUACGACUACAGUCGCACAAUUUGAACUUAAAAAAUUCUGCGAAAUAGAAGAAUGCCCGCAAAAGAAAAGAUUCACUCAAGAAAAAGAAAGAUGCGAACAGUAUUUUCGUAACCACAUAAGUCGAGACGUAAAUGGACGUUAUGUUGUUGCUUUACUUUCCAAUCCGCAUACACCCAAGUUGGGAAGAUCUUACCAUACGACUCUCAAGAGAUUUGAAAGUACGGAACGUAAGUUGAGACAAAACCUAGAAUUCAAAAAAUCGUAUGAUGGAGUACUAGAAGAUUAUAUGAAACAGGAAUACAUGUCUUUAGUGACAAAACGUCAACACCUGUCGAAGGCUUAUUAUUUGCCUCACCACGCAGUUGUAAAAGAAAUGCAAUUACAUAGAUUUGCCGAUGUAAUUAAGAAGGCUUAUGGAGCCUGUAGUUAUCUUAGUACCGUUGACGAAUAG